AUGGACGCAGGUCAGUCCGUCAUACCGGAAGUACAUGAAAACCCUCGAGUUACCGCGUCUUUUUUCACCGGAAGUAGAGGUAAACAAAGACCCCCAAGAAGUUUGGAUAUGAGAAACCCUGAGGCUACUGAAAGGAAAGCCUGUGUGUUUUGCAGUGAACAGCAUUCCCCAAUCGACUGUACCAAGGUAACUACUUACCAGUCCCGUAUUGACAUUUUCAAGAAUAAACAAUUGUGUUUUAACUGUCUUGGUAGUCAUCAAGUGUCAAAGUGCCGAUCCAACUUUCGAUGCCGCCGUUGCCAACGGAAACACUACACCAGUAUACGUGACCGGAAGUCUGCCCAGCCAACAGCUCCCACAGUCCCUACAGCCCAAACAAUCUUAGAUCAACAAAGAAACCAACAAGCCACAGCCAUACUCCAUUCUUCGACGCAGUCCCCUUCCAAUGUACUACUGAAGACAGCCAUCGCCCCAGUGCGCAACCAACAGUUCAGAGUAGACGCCACAAUUCUUUUUGAUGAGAGAGCUCAACACUCAUUUAUUACAGAAAAAUUAGCCGAGGACCUACAUUUACCCCGUGGAAAUCCCGAGAUAAUUAAUCUGACGUCCUUUGGAGACUCGAACCAGAAUGUACGCUUCAUGGAUACGUCCACUCAUCUCCAAGGCAACAACAACUGGAUAUGCCAGAUCCUUAAGAGAGACCUGUAUGUUGACAACAUAUUGACAAGCCUUCCCAAAGAAUCGGAUACACUCGCAUAUUAUCGUAACGCACGAAAUCUCAUGCUAGAAGCUGGUUUCAACCUUCGGUCAUGGAGCUCAAACAGUCAACAAAUGAGGAACCUAGCUGAGUCAGAGAAAGUGCUUGAAGCAGACGACACCACGAAAGUACUUGGUAUGUUAUGGAAUACGGUUACAGAUGAGAUGAUGUUUCCUGCAAAGCUAGUUCCCAUUACAGAUGUGAUCACAAAACGUGAGAUUCUUAAACAAUCGUCCCGUAUCUACGACUCACUUGGCUUAUUGAGUCCAGUCACCGUUAGAGCAAAAAUCCUACUACAAGAACUUUGGCAACAGAAGUACUCCUGGGAUACAGCCUUACCUAAGCACGUUUAUGAGAAAUGGUCAGCACUUGUGACAGACCUUAACAACGUCAUGAACACCAAGGUUUCCAGAUACUACUUCAGAGAUCCAUGUGCAGCAGACGACCGUAUCACUACAACAGAAGAGAUGUCUCUACAUAUUUUCGUCGACGCUAGUACCUUAUCAUAUGGUGCUACAGCCUACCUGUGUACAUCAAACCAGUCUACUUUUGUUAUGGCAAAGAUCCAUUGA